GGAAGUGGCCGGGCCCUAGGCGGAGGGACCCAGCGGAGCGGAAGUCACUCCGUGAGGCAGUGGCGACGGCGGCGGCGAGAGGAUGAACAACAAGUUCGACGCAUUGAAAGAUGAUGACAGUGGGGACCAUGAUCAGAAUGAAGAAAACAGCACACAGAAAGAUGGUGAGAAGGAAAAAACGGAACGAGACAAGAGUCAGGGCAGCAGCAAGAGGAAGGCUGUUGUCCCUGGACCAGCAGAGCAUCCCCUGCAGUACAACUACACUUUUUGGUACUCCAGGAGAACCCCCGGCCGUCCCACCAGCUCACAGAGCUACGAACAGAAUAUCAAACAGAUCGGCACCUUUGCCUCUGUGGAGCAGUUCUGGAGGUUUUACAGCCACAUGGUACGUCCCGGGGACCUGACAGGCCACAGUGACUUCCAUCUCUUCAAAGAAGGAAUUAAACCCAUGUGGGAGGAUGAUGCAAAUAAAAAUGGUGGCAAGUGGAUUAUUCGGCUGCGGAAGGGCUUGGCAUCCCGUUGCUGGGAGAAUCUCAUCCUGGCCAUGCUGGGGGAACAGUUCAUGGUUGGGGAGGAGAUCUGUGGGGCUGUGGUCUCUGUCCGGUUUCAGGAGGACAUUAUUUCAAUAUGGAAUAAGACUGCCAGCGACCAAGCAACCACAGCCCGAAUCCGGGAUACACUUCGGCGAGUGCUUAACCUACCUCCCAACACCAUUAUGGAAUACAAAACCCACACCGACAGCAUCAAGGCCUGGGAGGAGUUUCAUGGCCUGGUGAACAGCAGCGGCCGCUGAUCGGACGCUCCCCCUCUGUCUCUCACACUCAGGGGACAAUUCAAGCUUUCGAAAUACAAAAAUCACAUUGUGAAAGUACACAAGCUGGCAAUAAUCCUUUUCUGUAUGUGUGUGUUUGUCCAAAACGGAUGGGAGGUCUCCAGCUGGUCCUUCCAUCUGCUCACUGAAGGGACGUCCCUGAGCCGUGUGCUCCCCUUUUGCACUCAUUCCUGGAGGACGGAUUCCGCUAGACACCCUCCAGCAUCGCUGACUUUAUAAAGCGGAAAAACGGAAAACGUGACUUUGUGAUAGACAUACUUUUUUUUAAUGGGAUUCUGUGGGGGGAGUUCAGCCUUUUGUUUUGCUGUGUGCUGUCCAGAUGCCUCGGGCAUUCUGUGUGCUCUUCUCUGCUGUACGAAAGGCAUUGUGACCACGUGUACCAGCCAGAGCUGUCAACUGAGUUAUCAGUAUUAUGAAUGUGCAUCCAGGAAAAGCUUUUUGUUGGAGAGUCCCGGAAUAGCUAUAAAUGCUCUCUUCUAGCUCUGCCAUUAAAUUAUUGGGACCUUUUGUUUAUUUCUCUCCCCUCUUCCCCAAGCCCACCACUUUCUGAAACUGUGUUACUGAUUUUGUAUAGUCUCCUGCCUUAUGCCCUGCAGUCUUGCUUCCUGUGGGACUCUUUCCUUCUUAGGCACUGCUGCACUUAGAAUUUUAUUUUAAUCCAGUGGGCCGCACUGGUUUCCCUGAGGCGGCUUAGAAGGGAUGCCUUGGUAAACUAAACUGGAGCAGAAUCCAGUUUGGUUAGGGGCUAGAUUAUAAUAGAGGUUCCAAGUGCAGGAUUUGGAGCUGAGGGCAGUGUCUGAAACCAUUUUCGCAGAUGAGUAGGGCCUGCGUGUCCAGCCUGUUUCUGUGGGUUCUUGCGUGCCCCUCAGUAAGGAAGGGAAGCAAAAGCUGGUUGUUGCCAGGUAUUAACACUUAAUAUGGUAAAUUCUAUGAUCCUGAAACUGAGACAUCUGUAGAAAAGGUGACUGUGAUGGAUGGCUUUCUUUGCAUGACUGUGCCUGUCUGCAGUGGUUGGAGAAGCUGCCUUUAGUCCUCAUCACUGGGUAUAUAUGUUAGGAAAUGUGUGCUGGUCCAGGAGGCCCAGACAGAAACCUCUCGCAGGCCCCUGCAGGCACGCUUUAAAAUGACCAGUCACGCAUCAGAGAAGCCGGGUGAUCUGACUGCAGAAGGGCUGAAGUCAGGCGGGUCCAAAGGGCACCCAGAGUUGAAACAAGUCUGAGUAUGAGCCCUACAGCAACUCCAAGGAGCACUGUCUUACUUGGCUCUCGUGAGCAGAGAUCGCAGUACCUUAAAUUAAGGCCUCUCCUAAAACCUCCUUGAAGAUCAGGAGCUGUAGCCACCUGGUCUCAGAGAAAUCGCAGAGAGUAACAGGCAUUUCCUUACUGUGUUUAUAUUACUCUCUUCCUCUUUCCAACUCCUAUACACCGUCUAAGCACCACUGUCUUGGGAUGCUUUUUCCUACAAGAAUGGGGGAGGACAGGGGCCAGAAGAGAGGUGCUUCCAUUACAGAGGAACUUAGAGCGGAGCAGAAGGUCUAGCAGUGGUUUAAACUCCAGGAAUACGAAGAAUGAGUUCCAGUGCCCAGACAGUUGUGAAGGGCUCCGGCAAGUCCAGGAGCAUCGUGGGCUCCAGUGGGAGCAGAGGCUGCCUCCUGAGAUGUGCU